AUGACCGAACAACGAUCCGCGAGUUCCUUAUCAAAAACCUCGACCACCACGAGUAAGAGCACUCAUUCAAAAGUAUCAACCUCCAAUCCUAAUGUUGCUGCCACCUCAACAUUAACUUCGAGGCCAAACUCGAGAAAUAAUGAAACCGAGCACGGGCAUCGGGAAGAGAAAAAGACAGAAGGGGAGCAAGUCAUUUCUGAAGAGAAGAAUCAUCAUGCUGAUGAUGAUCAAAAAGCAUCACUGACCAUUCAGAAUGAAAGAUCGGGAGAGAGCUAUUCCACUUUGAAGACCUUUCUAUCGAAAUUGAGGUCCUCUCAUGCAAAGGAAGUGUAUAAAAAAUUGAAUUUACAAGACGAAGAGAUUAUUCCAAGAUUGGAGAAAUUAGAUAAUGAAGGAAAUUGGAGUUCAAACGCAGCAUAUACCAUUAAAGCUGACAUGUUUGGCUCUAUUGAGUACAAUAUCAAAAAACAACUGGAAGCAAGCAAAGCACUGCGAGAGCCAAAACCAAUUGACGAAUUACUAUUUAACGUAGCAACCACAGUAUCAAGAGAUUUUUCGUUGAGCUCAAUAUGCUCGAAAUAUUUUCGAGAUAUUAAUUUGUCUUCCUGUAAAAUUACUGAGAUCGAUUCCGAGUUUGUAAAUUAUUGCAAGUUUCUAGAAAUACUAAGUCUGUCAUUCAAUAAGAUUGACUCAAUCAAAUUCCUUCCGCAGCAAUUGUAUGGCCUCAAUGCAUAUUCGAACUCCAUUUCAAAAGUUGUUCCCUUAAAAACGUUUCCAAACAUUGUUCAUCUCGGUCUGGGCUACAAUAGAUUAAAUAAUUUAGAGUUUAUUGAGGAAUGUCCAUACUUGGCUUCUCUGGAUGUUAGUUUUAACGAUUUAACAAGUUUGGAAAAAUCAAUUCAAUCGCUGACCAAAGUUCCGAAUUUGAAAACUCUAAAUUUGCAAGGAAACUGCUUUUGCAUGCUCGAGCAUUAUAGAGGAGCGGUGUUCUCAUCUUUACCAAAGAUUGAAACACUAGAUAACGAAAAUUUUACAGAGGAGACCAGGAAAAGAUAUAUUGACUUAUUUCACGGUUUCUCAAACGAAAAGAAAACAAAACUUGUUGUGACAUUAGCAUCAUUGAGUGGAGUUAAUUUUGAUGAAGAAAUCAAAUUAAUUGAAGAUGAAAAUGCCUCUGCCAACGAUAAGAAUGGAAAGAAAACGCCCAUCAAAAGAAUACCGUUUUCUUGGCCCAAAGAGGACGAAAAAGAUGAAACCGCCUUUAUUGAAAGUAGUCCUGUCUAUUUACCUGAUCCUGAUCCAAAAACAAACUCGAGGAUUGUGUCCAUUGAUUUUAAGGAUACCUUUGAAUUUCAUAUUUCUGAAAAAUCUCUUGGAGUGAAGCAUCAUAUUGAGAAACCCAUAAGCUUUUACGUAUAUCGAAUUGUUGCCAAUAUUCAAGAUGACGAUGAUUCCAACAAGAUUGAGUUAUCGAGAGAUUUGCUUGGAAUUUUAUUUGCAAAUUUCAACAUCUUAUGGGAAAGAGGGUUUACACUACCUGUUCCAAUACCUGAAGAUGAUGACUCUGCCAAGUCAGGAGACGAGCUCAAAGCACUCAUGAAAAACUCAUUAGAAGAACGUCAUAACCUUCAAAACGAUAUCAGUACAUCAUCUUUGUCAAACCUAACGAUGGGAGUCUCAAUCACACAACCUAAUGAGAUUUGGGAGAGUUAUGAAAAGACUGGAAAGAUCCAAAGAAGAGAAAACAAGCUGCUAAAACUGCCAACAACAAGAAACCACCCUCGAGAAAGUAACACGAUUAUGAUAUGUUUCAAUACCUUUAAUCAAUUAGAGCUACAUUCUUAUUCGGAACUUUUCAGAAACAAAGAUUAUAAUGGACAUUAA